CGCUGAGGAGGAGGCGAAGAUCCGAGAGGUCUUGCGAGUGCGUGAGCUCGAGGAAUACAAGGAGAAAGCAGAACGUCAGAUCAAGGAGGAGAAGAUCCGCAAACUAGAGCUCGAGAAGCAUGAACGUCUUGCCGCAUGCAUUGCCGAAGGCAUCAAGGGUGGCGUCACGGUUGGCGCAGGUGGAUUGCCCCCUGCACAGGCAGCAGCAGCGCCGGUUCCUGCUCCGGCAGCACCUCACACAGCUGCUGGUAAUAGUGGUAUGGGACUAGGAGCUGUGUACGAGCAGCGAAUUGCUGCGUUGGAGGGCAACAUGCAGACAGUCAAUCAACGCAUGCAGACUGUUGAAGGGCAACAGCUGCAACUUGGGCAGCAGCAGCAGCAGCUUGGGGUUGGACAGGAGCGCAUCUUGCAGAUGCUACAACAGAUGCAGG